UUUCUUUACGAGAAAAGGUCUUACCUCACGGACUCGAUACUAGAAGGUGGAGCAUCUGCGUGGGAGAGAGCAAAUGGGGCAUUUUUAUUUGAAUACAUGAAGAAAAGUGAGAGUGUCAAGGAAGAUUUCAAUGAGUCGAUGAUGAGUCAUACGACAAUAGUAAUGAAAAAAAUAUUUGAGAAUUACGAUGGGUUUGAGAGUAUGAGGGAUUGCACGUUGGUAGAUGUAGGAGGUGGGCUAGGCACUAGUCUCUCCCAAGCUCUCUCCAAGUUCCCACAUCUUAAAGGUGUCAACUUUGACUUGCCUCACAUCGUCUCAGAAGCUCCCCAAAUUCAUGGCGUGGAACAUAUUGGUGUUGAAGUUCCACGAGGCCAAACCAUAUUGAUGAAGUGGAUACUUCAUGAUUGGAGCGAUGAAAAAUGCGUGGAGAUAUUAAGAAACUGUAAGAAAGCAUUACCAGCAACUGGAAGGGUAAUCGUAAUCGAAACGAUAAUCCCACGGGAAGUAUCCGACACUGAUAUAGCAACCAAGAACGCACUGCAUUUAGAUAUGAUUAUGAUGUGUUUAACCCGUGGGGGGAAGGAGAGAACCAAAGAGGAAUUUGAAGUCUUAGCUAUGAAAGCUGGAUUCAAACUCCCAAAUUUUAUUCAUGGUGCUUAUUCUUUUUGGGUUAUUGAAUUAUAACCAAAUUGAAUUGCAACUUCUACUUAUACGUGUUAUACUUAAAUAACGUUCUACUCUCUUUCAAGCGUGGAAUAUUGGUGGUUGUUGAAUCUCUUUCUAUAAAUUUAUGUGAU